CGCGAAGCGGGGUAGGCGUCGAUGAUGAGAGAGCAGCAGCGACUGCACGGAGCGACUCCUCAUAGAGAGGACGGGGAGCCCUUCCGGUCAGCCCUCCCCCGCCGUCACCCAUCCUUUGGGCGGCUUGCUUGUGCAUCUCUGAACUGUGUCGCUUGCUCGAACGCUUACUUUAUGGCGGAUCGAACGGCGUUGGAUUGAGGCAGCAGCUGCGGCAGUGCUGGUGGUGAGGAAUGGCGGCUGGGUCGCUGCUGCGGCUAGCCAUAGCUGCAGCUUUGGCUACAGCCCUUGCUGUAGCCAGUGGAGAGGUACGGCGGCAAUGGGGUGUACCAGACACAAGUGUGGUCGUAGGGCGUCUCUUCAACUACUCUAUUCCAGCAGAUGCUUUCCAAGGACAUGUCUCCAAGCUCCAGGUGGUGGAGGCGGGUGAGGAGCAGCUGCCCUCCUGGCUGUCAAUGGUGCAUGACGAGGACAGCACUGCGCCACCACGGUUGGUGGGCGUGCCCCUGCACGCUGAUUUGGGCCCCCACUAUUUGGCUGUCAAGGCCAUUGGAGGCACCGACGGUGAAUCGCAAGCCCAGGAUGUCUUCUCGGUCGAAGUGCUUGAUGAAGAACGAGUUGCUACGCGAGGUCCCUGCGGGCCGGGAGACCCCGUGGCGGUGGCAGUGCUCACAGUCGAUGCUGAUGCCAGCCAUGCAGGUCCACUGGCACGAGCUCAGCUGCUAUCUGGCUUGGCUCGGUUUCUUGGCUUUUCUACCAACGAAGUAACCCUCUCCCCGAUGGCUCCCGGCGAGACAGCUUACGAUGAAGCAGCUCUUCUGGCCGGAGCCGGUGACAGCCGACUGCGCCAUACGCAGGGUCUUAGACUACGGUGGCGCGUGGGUUGCAGUAGUGAUGUCGAAGCAGCCCAUGCAGCUGCCCUGGCCCGACUGGAGGCUGCAGCGAGAGAUGGGACACUUGCAAAAAUCCUUGGACACCCAGUUGUCGGCUGGCAUGUGUCAAGCGUGCAGGCACGACAGACGCGGGCCCACAGCAAUCACGUUGCAGGCACUCCUGUCCUUCCAGCCGUGCUUCCUACCCUGGUCAGCAGCAGCAGCAUGGAAGUGAGCGAACAGCCUGUGGCAACGCCUGAAACGCGCAUUGUGCCCACUAUGGCGUCACCUGUGAUGAAUGGACCUUCUUCCCAUGCCCACCGGCACCACCACGGUGACCAUGCUAGGCAUGGGGUCAUUGCCCCAUCGCCCACGCUCUCCGUGGUGGCUCUGCCCACAGCACUACCCCCAGGACACACUCCGCUACUACCACCAAUUCGGCCAACGCGCACCGUCACUGGCUGGGAGGCAAGUGGUGUGCUGGAGGCAACGCCAACCUUCGGGCCGGGCAUUACGGAGCCCACGAGCCGGCUGCCUGAGCCAUCGCUGAGCCCACCAAUUCAGCCGUCCGUGACCGUGAGGAAGCCCGGCAACUCACGGCCCACGUUGAACAAGCGUCUCCAGAAGCUGGUUGUGACAGCAGGCAAGGUGUGGAGCUACGAGAUCCCAAAAGAUGCCUUCCAUGACGCGGAGGAUGGUGACACACGCAACUUGAAGCUCAUGUUUGUUACCUCGGCAGGUACGGCCAUUGAAGCCCGCUCGUGGAUCCAGUUUGACCCUGAGAAGCAGAUGCUGUCAGCUUUGCCUCUGGAUGACAACAUUGGCAAGUACUACUUCCGCCUGGAGGCCAUGGAUGCUGAAGGGGACACCGUGCACGACCUGGUUGAGAUCAAUGUAUGGCAGCACACCAGUGCACGAGCAGUCCACCAUAAGUUCAAUGCCACUCUUAAACCAAAGCGCUGGGAGUAUGUCAACAGUCUGGACUGGCAGAUUGCCGCUGUGCGUCGACUCGCAAAGUUCUUUGGUGACCCUGAUGAAUCACAGAUUACCGUGCAGGCGGCAACUAGCGAUCCUUUCACACUUGCAUGGACCAAUGAUUCGCUGCCCAAGCACCCUUGCCCAAGAGAACAGCUGGAAGCACUGUAUGAUCGAAUGCUUGACAGUUCUGGAGGGCCAACACCAGCCUUCAAGAAAGCUCUAGGCAACCUCAAACUCCAGUCUGUACAUGUAGAGUACUCUGGUGUCUGCCAGACACCGGCGUCGGCACCGCCUCCUCUCCACAAUGAAGCGCCCACUAAGCGCAACCCUAUUGGCCAGAUUAAUGCCACUGUUGGAGAAAUCCUGCGUUUUAUCAUUCCUGAUGACACCUUUUAUGACUAUGAAGAUGGCACCACUCGGUAUUUGGCACUGAAUUUCCUUUCUGCUGAUGGUCUUCAACUGCCCCAGUCUUCAUGGAUACAGUUCAACCCACGAACACAGGAACUGUAUGGCUUGCCUUUGGACGUCGACAUUCCCAGGCACGAGUUCCAAAUGGUUGCCCAAGACAGCGCCGGUUCAACAGUCACAGAUGUCUUUGUUGUUCUGGUGCAGCCUCGCGCGCAAAUGAAGUGGGCUGUUGAGUUCAGCCUGCACUUAAAAGAGGACUUUGAAGCAUUCAGUCGCAACAUCAGUCGCAAGGUCUUAGUUGCCUGGAAGUUGGCACAGCUGUAUGGCGAUCCCGACCCUAGGUUCAUCACAGUCAACACCAUUAGUCAAGGCUCAGUUGUUUAUGCCUGGACCAAUAACACACUUCGUUAUGAACCGUGCCCAACAGAAACUAUCCUUCAGCUCAUGAGACGUCUGGUACAUGACAACCAGACGCUAACACAGCGGCUCAUAGAAGAAAUGCGCCCAGAGUUCCAUGUUCUUAAGGCAGAUACCAUGCCUCUGGGACUGUGCAUGGACAAAGGCCUUCCACCCACUAUCGGCGUGGGAGUGGGAACAGCCGCAGCGCCCACAGCACCACCUCCCGGCGAAACGAUUCCACCCGCUGAUGACGAUGAUGUGUACAUAACCACCAUUAUUCCGGCAGCUGUGAUUGCAGCAAUGCUUCUGCUGGCUGCCCUCAUCGCCUGCCUUCUGUACCGCAAGAAGCGCAAGGGGAAGCUCAGCAUGCAAGAUGGCAGUACAUUCAUCAACAAAGGCAUCCCUAUCAUAUUUGCCGAUGAACUGGAAGACAAGCCAGAUCCAGCCAAACCACCAGUUAUAAUGAAAGAAGAGCGACCGCCUCUUCCGCCACCGGAGUACCCACGUGGGGCCACGCCACAGACGGGACGUCGUGCCGUUACUCCUCGGGGAGUCGACGUUGCAGACAGUGCCGCACCUUACCAGCAUCCAACGCCACCAUUUGCAUCAGGUCGAGCUGACCGUCGACCCAAGGCUGCACCGACCUACCGGCAGCCGCCACCGUAUGUCCCUCCUUAGUACUAGACUACCUCUUUCUCACGGUGUGACUGAGCCUGUACUCCUGUCCAGCUUAUGUUAGACUGAGGCAGAAGUGCGAGAGGUGGCCGUCAGUUUAAUGCAUGAACUCCCUGCGUGCGUGCAUUUACAAGACGUGAAGCCAAGCAGAUAGAAUAGGAUUUACUUGCUUGUCUUUGUUGGCGGAUAGCAAAAGAUUGCAAGAAUGCCAUAGACGGAAGGCUGCACCAAUGGUGUGAACUUCUGCUUGAUGGCCAGUACUGUCAAAGACGAGCUGAGAUGGGAGCAUAGCUGGUUGCAAAGGUCCAGCACAGAUGCGACUGACAUCCUGCAAGAGGAGGCUGGCAUUUUGUCAUGAAAAACUUGCAGAUGCACAAGUGCAGAGAAUGUGAAACUCAGCUGAUAGCUAAGGGAAUGUCUUCAUUGCCAUCAAAAUAAUGCACAAGGGCUGUAAAGUUGACAGCACAGGCAGCUUAAGAAGUAACAUAUCUAAAGUGUUUUAGUGAAAGCAGUUUAUUGUGGUUGUUUUCUCAACGGCUGCUGCAGUCCUAGCUAAGCUGAAACAGGAGCACAGCCGGUCGUGAAAGUGUGUCCUCUGCCGUGCUUUACAGGGAAUCACAAGAGCAAGGCGAUAGAAACAAAAAUACACUUGCCGAGCUCUGUCCCUGGCAACUCUGGCCCUGUUGUCCUAUUCUCCCAUGUGGUGUUCUUGCUCCCUGGUUUUUGUUUUGCCCUGCAAGGUGUGUUGUUCGUACACGUGGCCAUCAACCAGGUUAUGCCAGUGAGUGGCAUCUCGCGGAGCCUUCAAGUGCAUUCUCCUGUCGCCGUUCUUCCUCUGCUCCUCUUCUUUGGAAGGCAAAGGUGACUUCUGCAGAAAAAGAAAGACUUGUCACCUGAACAAGGACAUGUAACAGGUGUUCAAUUCAUAUUUUCUGUCUGUCUCGGUGUGAAUUGUGCUUCAGUGGAAGAGUGUGCUCUGGGCACUGAAGCGCUCAGUGUCGUUGGCAGGCUCCCUCGUGUAAGGACACUUUUGAUUACAUUUGUUCUUAGAGAGUGACGUAGGCAUUUCUCGUGCCUAUUGCUUUCUUGUGUAAACUUUUUUUGGGAAGACACACUGUUAAGUCAAAAGGCCAACUUAUGUCUCUAUAGGGGGUAUGCAUUGAGCUUGAUCCGCGAGGCGGUGACAGCGUCGCCGGGGCAGCCACACCAUGUUUUUGGUCACAUCAGUCACGGAGCGUCGGAAAAAUACCAGUGGUCUUUCUCGCGCAAACAUCUGAUCCCUAUUUCUGGACACGCUGAUCGCCUUGUGGACUUAACCAGUCACUGAUAUAUAAGCACGGACGUUUCAGUGUUUCGUAUGCAGUGCUGUUGGUACUUGUUUACUGAACGUGUCUACAUACAGUGUUUUCUUGUCCGGACAGACUACGCGCCACGGCCGUGCGUCAACUGAGCUCCGGUGUCAUGAUGAGCUGUAAUGUGUUUGGCUUUAGCAAUCACACAAGAAAGAAGACCGGUGAUAGGGAUGUUCCCCAGGUUGGGUUCUUCUCGAUACCUGGUUAUCUCUCUUCUUCACUACAGCCUCAGUGUAAAAAAAGCACAGAUGCUAUGUGCAAGCAUGCCUCUCCAAGGCCGGCCUUGCAGGUGCAGUGUGCAGCCAGCACCUCACCAUCUUCUUUUAUGAGAAGCCGUGGUGUGAGUAGCUUUUCAUUGCAUGAUUGUGAAGGAGGAACCUGGGAGGGCGAAAAAAAAUUAUUUUGGCAAGACUGACAGAAUGGACGCAACAUAACAAUUACGAAGGCUGUGGAAUCCAGUGUUUAGUUCUUGGCGUUUCCUUUUUAGAUGAAGUAACGUUAACACUACCUUACACGAUGCAACUGGACAACAUGCAGUAAAAUCUGUAAUGAAGGCGAUAAUGUUACUCUGGUGGGAAGUUACAAAUAAAACACACUUGUUUCUCAUGAAAGCAAGGAGCAUCUCUGAUAGUAGCUCUAAAAACUAGCAUUGCUCUGCUGAACUCGCGCGUAGCCCGAUGCGCCUGUUCAUGUACACAAAAACACCAUUUAUAAACAGCCCCAGGCAACUGGACCCCUUCCCUAUAGUCAAGGCAUUUGAUAACUGUUGGGGUGCAAUCCACACGGGGCUCGCACAGUCUUUUGCCCAAGAAAUGGCAUCGAAAUAAAGAAAAGAGGAAGUCUUCUUAGCUUUCCAACAAUGACCAUGCUGUCUGCAGCCACUUUGACGCACGGCUGCUGCAUCGAGCCGUUUGUCAGAAAAUUGUGGCCUUCCAUCGACUUGUAGGCUUUCUGUUGCCUGCGAGUCACAAAGCUCGUUGCAUCCACAAGGUAAACCUUGAUGUCUAUCUGAUCCACGCAAGGCAGUAGUCCAGCAUCGUGCUGAAGCUCAUCUUGAGUUCGAGCGGGUCAACACAGUCGCAGAAGUGCACUUUCUUUCCGUAGCGUGAUUUUGCUGGUUCACUUAACUGACGCAUGUGCGUGCCUAAGCACAUUGUCGACGUAUGACGUACCACUCCAUAGCCAAGCUGGAAAGACUCUUCGAAAAGGACAUGGGUGGAUUUGUGCAUAUUGGUAGCUGCUUGGAUACACAGGCCUGCUCACAUAGGCAGCGCAAACUUGUGACCGAAGUUAUGGUGGCCGCCACAAACAUCUCUAGUACUCCUGGCGAACGAUGCCAUGUGCCUACCCCCUAUAGGAGAGAAAAUGAUCAAUUGAUUUCUUAUGUCCGACUGCAAAUACUAUGCACAUUGUAGCACAUUUUUAAUUGCCCCUUUUCGUAAUUUGCAAAUAAGCUUCUUGGCAUUGCACAUUUGUCCAAGCAGCGGCGGCACCAGUCAUAGUUCGAUUGAAGACGCAGGGUUUUAUCCUGAGAGCCACGUCUGCAUUUUUCUUGUCAUAAGACAAGUGAGCUGCUCGUUUGUGGUGCUUGCAAAAAUGACUAUGUUGCCAUUAGCUUGGCAGACUGCCUCGCUGGAAAGCUAGCUUUACUGUUAUGAAAAGGCUCCAUUUGUCUGAUUUUGCUCAUCUUUUUGUGACGCUUGAAUGACAUGGCAGCCUCGUGAAUCUUUGCACAAGUUUUUAUUGUGCUUCAUGCAUUGUGUGGACCAGGUGCUGAUGCAUCAGGGAGUUUAGUUGUGUUCAUCGUUAAUAUAUAUACUAUAUAUAUAUAUUAUGUAUACAUAUGUUUGUCCUCAAUUAGUACAUGGGCAGGGCCCUUCGUGCUUUUUUUAUGUCAGUAUGCCUGUGUAGUGCAGCAUAAGCCUACACAUUAACCAGCUUUUUACGAGCGCCUGGAAGCACUUUUGCUCACUAACAACAAAUGUCUAGCAAGUCUGGAACCACUGUUAUAUCGUCGCGUUCGCUAUUGUAACAUACUACAGUAUUUGGUGACUUUUAAAAGUGUACUGUUCAAAUUGUUGCAUCACAUGCCACGUAAUGUCAGUCACCGAUUGGGGCUCAUAGAGGGCGUUGCUCCUCACUGCUGCCACGCAUACUUGCAGGGAACCUUCAGCAAUGGCUGAUGUAUGGCAUUUUACGAGACCCCCAUUGGCGGCAGAUUGUGCUGUCAAAUGGCUGUGACACAACACCCUGUUAAUGACUUCAUGCCUUAGCACAGAGUAUCCUAACCCCAGUGAUCAUUAGCCGUGACAUUUUCUAACCUCUCUUCUGCAGUAGCUAUAUCUUUUUCAUUUUAUCGAAUCGUUGUACAAGUUAAAUCCCGGUUUUAAGUACUUUUAUCCAGGAAUGUUCACAGCUGCCACAUGUUAAGUGGACCAGCCAUAACGGUAGAGCAGCUAAGUCAUUCCGCUAUUAACACUGACAUUGCAUAUUUAGUUCCUGGCCUCAGUGCCUGCAACAGUUCAUGAAGGUGAAAGAAUGGAAAGGAAACGGCGAGAAAACGUGGUGCCCAGUGACAAACUAAGCCGGCUAAGUUACUUCAAGCAGUAUCCCCCAUGCACCUUGUUACUGAUUGAGGCGCAUGAAUUGCAAUCUGCAAAAGGGCUUACUCAUGCGGCAGAAUUUAAGCAUUUGGUUGCAAGUCUCCCAACUUCAGGCUGCACGUGAGCUUUAUGUUGCGUUGAGCUGCACUGAAUGUACAGAAAGCCUUGGCCUUCUUAUAGAUUGGUCCAUUGCAGGCAUGUCCUCACUUUUGCAAGAUAUAAUGUCUGAUAUGAUGCCUCACUCAAGGGAAGGGUCUUAUGGCCACUGCUGUGUUUGGUGUUAUUGUUAUUUCUUUGCAAUUGAGUGGUAGCCAGUGCCACCACCGUUGCCUGCUCCGAUCUAGUUUCUGCUACAUGCAGCGUGGCUGGCCAUCACUCAUUCGCAAAGGGAUGACGAUGAAGGCACUCGACAGAACACCCACUUGUUUAGCCACUCAGCGCAAUGCUCAAAGUGAUGUCCCUAAACAAGAUCGAUCCAGAAUACAACCCCAGUGCUGUUCAUCACCACCUAAGUUCAUGAAUGUGCGAGUGCUUCUCUCUGCUCAUGCCAUAAGUCACCAUUGGCAAUGGGGCCACUGGUGCAAAAAAAAAAAGUGGAAGUUUGUCACUGUGAGAUUUGGCUUGUAGCAGAAGGACAUUGUCGCUUGUCUGCAUUUUGCUGUUCUUUAUUUGUAUGCAUCUUGAAGCCUAGGCAGUGCUUUUUUAUACGGUUUGGUUGCUAGUGCAUUGGGUUUAGGUUGUGUUCUCCAGUGGGCUUGUUGUUCUAUUUACAUAUGUGUGGAUGGAUGAAGUGUAUGGGAACGCAUGGGAACGCAUGGGAAUGCCUGCUAUCAGAAAGCCUGGCAGUACAGAAUUGCCAAAGAACAAGCACUGCCUCCUGAUGUGCACUGAAUUAUUUGUCUUUACUUUGUUGUGCAACAUGUGGCUGCCCGUGCUUUGGCAUGCUGGCAGCAGGAGCUGUGUAUUGGCAUGGGCGGCUUACAAUCAUCCUAAGUCAGUAUAUUGUAACUCAUGGAGUUUCACGUCAAUAAAUGUGUUGACUUUUGAAA